UCUACUGUUAUCCACAGCUUGGUCUCUUACCGGGACCAAUGGAUCUGCCAGUAGUGAACACACCAGGGCAACAUCCUCCAUCCUCUCCUAAGCAUAAAGUGGCUUUUUAGCAUUCGCUUUGCCUAGUCUCUGGAAAACAUCUGAAUCAUUUUAACUAACUCCAGCUGUCGUCUUGCUGUGGGUGUGUGAGAAAGUGCAUGCCCGUCUCUGAAUGAGAAAAAGGAGUUACGUUUUGAUUUACCCCCCCUCACAGAAAGUUUUUAGUUUUGUUUUUAGUCAGUUUUUUUCUCGGGAUGAACUCAGAUACGCGUGUCUCUUAUCGCGAUAUGACAUCCAUGGAUUCAUAUUAUUCAUCAUCAUCAGGUCAAGGGAGAAUUCAGCAGGCCAACCCUUACAGGGCUUUACAGCCGAGCGAGGCAAAAUACAACCACACUUUUCUGUCCGCCAAAGGUCAGCCUAACGAAGACAAAUCGCGGAGUCCUCUCCGACAGGAGUGCCAGUCUCCUGAUGAUAUCACACCCGAGAGCGUUUAUAACAAAUACCAUCUUUUCAUACAGAGACCCUUAUGUAAAACACAUCAAGACAGCAAAUUACUUCAGGACGAAUGCUAUGGUAAAGAUGGUGCUGGACUAACAGACACCGAGCUGUCUCAAUCUCGUGGCACAGGAAUGGAUGCUAGUUACCUCAAUGUGAAAGACCCUGGGGUCAAAAGCCCAUCAGAGCGUCCUGUCUCUGAGCUUGGAAGUCAUCUGGAAAAGAGCAAACUAGAAAACAAGAGCAAAAAAAGACGUAACCGCACCACCUUUACUAGCUAUCAGCUGGAGGAGCUGGAGACGGUUUUUCAGAAGACACACUACCCAGAUGUCUAUGCCCGGGAGCAGCUGGCUAUCAGGACAGAUCUCACAGAAGCAAGGGUGCAGGUGUGGUUUCAAAAUCGCCGGGCCAAAUGGAGGAAAAGAGAACGAUUUGGACAAAUGCAACAAGUCCGGACGCACUUCUCAACAGCUUAUGAACUGCCACUGCUAACACAGCAAGAAAAUUAUGCACAAAUUCAGAACCCCUCAUGGUUAAGUGGAAGCAGCUCGGCGUCACCGGUGCCUGGAUGUGUGGUACCCUUUGAUACAGCAGCGUCCUGUAUGAACCCUCACCCUCAUUCUGCUAGCGGUGUGUCCGAUUUCCUGGGCAUGGGACAAACACACCUCGGCAGUCUAUUUGGCAAGCCUGGAGCAGGUGGAAACUUUAAUGGCUUUGAACUUAACGUCGAGCCGGAUCAUAAAUCCUCCAGCAUCGCCAGCCUGCGUAUGAAAGCGAAGGAGCACAGCGCUACGAUCUCGUGGGCCACAUGAUGCCCUCAUCUGGGACACAGAAGACCAGACAACCUCAGCCCUGAGCUGUCAGCACUAAUGAGGUGAAAGUUUAUGCCAUCUGGAGCCAAUAUGGACCAGAGGAAUCAAGGCUAGGAGCGAAUAAGAGCCUUAACUUUGAACAUUUUGUAGAGAAACUGAAUGGUGGAGCAGGACAGAGAGCUUAAAUGCGAGAAUCUGACGGACCAGUUACAAAAUGUUAACUUUGAUUAAGAAACUGAAUUCCCAAAAUUAGAUAGCAGUAUGCAUUAUGUUGCAUAAUAUGCAUUUAUAUUGACAGCAGUCGGAAUCGAAAUCUGAUCAGGACACAUUAAGCGAUUUUCCAUCAUUUUAAGAAUGGUAAGGAACGGUUGCAGUCAUGUUUCAACUUGAGCCUGGUUUGGCACGGCACAAAUACUUCAUUGGGCCCAGAAUUCUUGGCACGGUUAAGAUUGAUGCCAAUAGGAAACCUUCCAGUUUCUGACGUAGAAGUGGAUUAAACUGCAAAUUCAUUGACUGGGCACUCCAAAAGGGAGUUAAUCCCAUAGACCCCACAUGUUAAAAUGCCUUUAGAGCAGAAAUACAUUUGUUUACUGCCUGGUACAAGAAGUAUUUUUGGUCUAUGACAACUGUGAGGGGAGUGGAUUUUUUUUGUAACUCAUCCAUUUCAAUUAUAUUAACCCUUAAAGUUCUGCAUAAUUAGGGCGUGACCACUUUAGUGACAGGUGAAUUGCUGCAGCUGUCACUACUGUCAAGCUAGGUGGGCAUGGUUUCAGCAAACCACGCACCUCAGCUCCACCAACGUCGUGCCUCUUUGCCCAGUUUCGGUUAUACGCGAGUGACGCGCUGCCAACACCAUGAGUACAGUUUGGGAAAAGUGGCUAUUGAUGUCAAUGCCAGGUCAGGCUUGAGUAGACUUUGGAUCUCUGAAUGUAGCAGAACAUAGUUGAGGGAUAUAAGGGACACUGACAGUAAUUCUACUUCAGUUACUGUGCCAAUAUUAGUUAUCUUUCUCUGUCCUCUACUUUCUUACUGGUUUGUCAGGGGAGAUUGUAUUCCCAUAACCCUCCAUUUAAUUACAGCCACAUUCUCUAAACUAGAGGUAACAGGACAUUGUUUCCAGAUAUAUGUUGAAAUGUUGUGGUGUUUUGUGUUAGCGGGACAUGGCCCUGUCACUGAGCCGGAACAUAAAGUCUAACUUCAUUUAUUUCUUGGCUCAUACAGCAGGAUCUUUGCGGCAGGGUCUAGUGUUCAGUUUCUCCUCCUGCAGUCAUGGGGCGUGCAGGCCGGGUCACUCAAUACCCAAAGUCCUGCUUUUUGUCAACAAAGGACUCUAGGCUGUUUUGAUACAGUAUGAGGACAUUAUAGUUCAAUAGCCAACAAUGUUUUGCAAGAGAAAAAUCAGCUACGCCUAGUAUACACAUUUGUGGAGGAACAGUAAAUUUAAACCAUUUUAAAAUUACAUUUGAAACCCCCAAUAUAUUUUAAUACAACCAGUGUGAAUGAUUCAAAUGAUCUAUUAUUCAUAGUCUCUUUAGUUGGGAGUAAAUAAAGAUAAUAGUCUAUAAUUCACUAAAACAAAAGGGUUUAAGGUGUAGGUGGCACCUCUUGACAUCAAAUUAAAAAGCACCUUGUUUCACAGUCUCUGCUAGAGAGCAGUUAAAAAGUUAAGUGGCCUUUGGAGACAGAAUGUACUGUAGCUGUAAGAUUAUUAAGGAUAUAACUGAUCAUUUUUACAGUAUAGCUACAUUGUUCUUAUAUAGUUUAAAUACUACUGAGACAUGCAGUUACAAAGUAUACAUCAUUAUCUGUUUUUAUUUGUAUAGCAUGCACUUUGGAUAAUAUUGUGGAUUGCAUACGAUGUGUGUUUGCCAUAUUUCCCUGGGGUGCUGAUUAUUUUUAACAAUGUUAACAUAUUUUCUUUUGUACAAUCAUUAAAUCCAUCUUUUAAAAAAAGUGUGUACUAUUUGACUUAUAGUAGGCUAUAUAAAACAAGGGGCACAUUUGGCCACAAAUAACGUUUCUG